UCUGACUUCUGUGUUCCGUUUCAAUAUAGGUAUCCAUACAUUGUCCAUGUUCAAUGUACGCAAAAUCUAUGUGAACAAUUCCUCUAUUCUGAAGUAGUCUGUAAUCUAAACAGCGAUAAAACAAAGCGCCACACCGGGAAAAAUAAGAAAUUCUUAACAAUGGGACGCGGUACGGGCGAAAGCUGCGGAGCUCUGAAGUUCGAAGCGAGUUUUAUUCAAAGUGAAGAGCAUCGUCCCAAGCGUAUCUCCGCUUCCCCUGACAAUAAUGUCAAAAUCCCCGUGAUAGACUUGGAAAAGAGCUCCACAGAGGAUGUGGAAAAGGCGUGCAGAGAAUGGGGUUUUUUUCACCUCAUCAACCACGACUUUCCAGAACAUCUUCUCCACCGUCUCGAGUCCGUCGCAGCCGAUUUCUUCUCGUUGCCUCUCGAAGAAAAGAGGCAAGUAUCCAAGGAUGCAAAAAAUUCCUUGGGCUACUUUAAUUCAGAGCAUACAAAAAAUGUGAGGGAUUGGAAAGAGGUGUUCGACUUUGCACCGCGGGAGAAAAUCCUGUUGCCCACAUCUGCUGAUCUGCAUGACACCGUUGCGGAGGCCAUCAAAAACCGCUGGCCGGACGGCCUUCCAGAUUUCAGAGAAGCUUGCCUGGCCUAUGCAGAGGCUGCGAGGGAUUUAUCGUUGAGGUUACUAGAAUUGAUAGCUCGGAGCCUUGGCUUACCUGAUACCCGCUUGCAUGAAUAUUUCAUAGAUGAUAUGAGUAUUGCACGGCUAAAUAGUUACCCAGAAUGCCCGAACCCUGAGCUAGCACUGGGUGUGGGCAGACACAAGGACGUUGGAGUCCUCACCCUUCUUUACCAAGAUGAGGUGGGCGGAUUGGAGGUGAAAUGCAAGGACAAUGGUCAGUGGGUACCAGCUCAACCGAUUCCCAACUCUUUCGUCGUCAAUGUUGGGGACUGCAUGCAGGUGUGGAGCAAUGAUAGGUACGAGAGCAUAGAGCAUAGAGUAGUGGUGAAUGAUAGCCGAAGACGUCUUUCCAUUCCAUUUUUCUUAAUUCCUUCCCACUAUGCGAUGCUGAAACCUCUGGAGGAAUUGGUGAGUGAAGAGAAUCCUCCCAAAUACAGGGAAUACAAUUGGGGAAAGUUUACCAAGCUAAGAGUGGAUGGAGAUUUUAAAAACUUGGGAGUUGAGGAUGUACAAAUUGACCACAUUAGAAUCUGAUUAGUGUGAGAUGAGUGGUGAGAUUAUUUACGACCACAGAAUAAGCAAUUUGGUGUACAGGAAGAUUGUAUCUCUACAGAUUUUUUUAUAUUUUUUUUCUUUUUUCUUUUUUGGGUAUAGUCAUAGUAGUUGAUUAUCCGUUGUGUAGUUCAUAAUUAUAAUGCCCUCUUCAAUUUUUGAAUUGGGAAAAUGUGUUGGUAAUAAUUUGAAUUGUCUUUUAUAGAAA